UUUGUUUAUGAUCUUCCUUCAAAGUUCAACACAGAUUGGUUGACCAACCAAAGGUGCAGCACGCACUUGUUUGCAUCCGAGGUUGCAAUCCACCGUGCCUUGUUGACCAGCCACGUCAGAACCUUUGACCCUUACGACGCUGACUUCUUCUUCGUCCCCGUCUACGUUUCCUGCAACUUCAGCACCGUUAAUGGUUUCCCCGCCAUAGGCCACGCCCGCUCCCUUAUCUCCUCCGCUGUUAAACUCAUCUCCGAUCGCUUCCCUUUCUGGAACCGCAGCCAUGGGCGUGACCAUGUCUUCGUCGCCUCCCACGAUUUCGGCUCCUGCUUCCACACCCUCGAGGACGUGGCGAUUGCGGAUGGCGUGCCGGAGAUAAUGAGGAAAUCGAUCGUGUUGCAGACGUUUGGCGUGACAUAUAAGCACCCGUGUCAGGAGGUUGAGAACGUCGUCAUACCGCCGUACGUGUCGCCGGAGAAUUUGCGGACCACCGUCGACAAGCUCCCGGCGAAUUGGCAGCGAGAUAUUUGGGUGUUCUUCCGCGGCAAAAUGGAGGUCCAUCCUAAGAAUGUUAGCGGAAGAUAUUACAGCAAGAAAGUGCGAACGAUGAUAUGGCGAAAGUUCAGCGGUGACCGGAGGUUUUACCUUCAGAGGCAUAGAUUUGCCGGUUACCAGUCAGAAAUCGCGCGUUCGGUUUUCUGUUUAUGUCCGUUGGGGUGGGCCCCAUGGAGUCCAAGACUGGUAGAGUCCGUUGCCUUGGGCUGCGUGCCGGUCAUCAUAGCCGACGGCAUCCGAUUACCGUUCUCAUCCGCCGUGAGAUGGCCGGAGAUAUCGCUGACGGUGGCGGAGCGCGACGUCGGGAAACUGGCGGAGAUACUUGAGCGCGUGGCGGCGACGAACCUCAGCGAUAUUCAGAGGAAUCUGUGGGACCCAAUGACUAAGAAGGCACUUUUAUUCAACGAGAGGGUCCAUGAAGGCGAUGCCACGUGGCAGGUUUUGCGUUCAUUGAGCGAGAAGCUUGAUAGGUCCUUAAGAAGCUCCAGAGUUUCCCGCCAAUUAGAUUUUGCCACGUAGUGGGUCAAGAUUUUGGGUGCCGAAGUUUUCUUUCCACACACGCACAUGCGGCACACCGUGGAUUUUUCCAACGCGGCAUACACACUCUUCUUUAUUCAAAACAGAAAACAAUAAUAAUAAAUAAUUAACCAUGUAUUUUAGGUAUAGUUUUGUUUUGUAUAAUCAUUUUUUGAUGUAAAUAGGAAGAGGAUAUAUACAAUACAAUUAAUUAAUUUGAGUUUUGUGAUUAUUUAUUGA